GGGACGUUCAACGGCGGCUCGUACCGGAUCAGCCACCGGGACUGCAACACGAUCAUCACGGUCCAGCUGGCCAUGGGGUGCCCGCUGGACGCCAAGCCGGGCGUGCUGAUCGCCAUGUCCCCGACGGUCACGCUCAAGGGCGAGUACAAGUUCAGCAUGAAGAAGCUGGUCGCGGGCGGCGAGGUCGGGCACUCGACCUUCAUCGGCCCCGGCGAGCUGCUGCUGGCCCCCAGCAUGCUCGGCGACAUCACCACCAUCCGCCUCGCCGGCGACGAGUCCUGGUCCGUCAGCAAGGACGCCUACGUCUGCUCCACCCAGGGCGUCGUCCGGGACUACAAGCGCCAGGGCCUCGGCAAGGCCAUGUUUUCGGGCGAGGGGCUCUGGGUGCACAAGAUCUCCGGCGUGGGGCUCAUGUGGAUCACGAGCUUCGGCGCCAUCAUCCGCAAGGACCUCGCCGACGGCGAGAAGUACAUCGUGGAUAACGGGCACCUGGUCGCGUGGAACGUCAAGUACAUCAUGGAGCGCGUGGCGAGCGGCGGUAUCAUGGCCGGCUUCGCGUCCGGCGAGGGUCUGGUGUGUAAAUUCACCGGACCCGGAACGGUGUUCUUGCAGACGAGGAACCCGGUAAGUUUCUCCCGCCUGGCUGUUGGAGUAUAUCCGGACGUGGUCGCAAACGAGCAUUUCACUGAUGACGCGAACAGAGGGCCUUCAGCGCCUACAUGA